CAGUUAACGAAUAGUUGUUACUUUACUAUUUUUGAUCUCCCAAGCACUAUGUCCGACCCGUAACUUCAACUGAUUUGGUAAUUCUAGACAACAUUGGUGAAAUUCAGCUGAUAAUUGGAUUGAUCGGUUCAUUCCAACCAAGAGAACCUACUGUUUUCCUCAUCUUUAUGUGAGACGAAUUUCAGAAUUUGAGCGGACUUUCACAGCACAUUAUCUAAUAGGGUAUCUACAACGAACUAGUGCAAUUAGAAACGUAUGCCUGAUCAAGUUUCAUCUGAACCAGAUUUCGUUCAGAUCGGCAACAAGGAAGCUUGCAGUGUUACUCAAAUAUAAGACGAAACGCUUGAUUGACUAUUACCGCCAUAUAUUCAUGGAUUCUUUUGCGACCAAAAACACUGAAUUUUUUGCCAAGGAAGCUCUCGUCUACGAUGAUCCAGCGAAAUGCUUUCUCACUAAGGUUAUUGCAGACAACAUUCUCAAAUUUGACGUCCUAAACCAGAAAGAUGGAGAUGUUGUAAGCAACGAUGAUUCAGUUGUAUAUACUAGUGAGGAUGUCGACAUACAAUUCAGCGGUGAAAUUGAUGUCUCCCCCCUGUGGAAAAACAAGGAUUUACGAGUUAUGGAUUUCGCUUGCGGAACCGGUCUUGUCAGUAGAAACAUAGUUCCUCACUGUAAAUCCCUUCUUGGUAUUGAUAUAUCGCCUCAAAUGGUUGAAUUCUUUAAGACAAAGUUUACCGGAAACCCAAACGUCCAAGCAAAAGUGAUAGAUAUUCUUACCUCCGAUCAAGUGCCAGAAGAUGUACAUGAUUUUGAUAUUACCGUAUGUUCUCUUGCUUUCCAUCACAUGGAAGACCCGGCGAGCGUUGCCUCAACGUUAUCCUCUCGGACGCUGAAGCCUUUGGGUUGGCUAUUUGUGGCAGAUAUUGAUUCCGAAGGUGCCGGCGGCUUUCAUGACGCACAAACGGAUGAAGAUGCAGUAAAAUCCGGUGUUGCCCAUAAAAACGGAUUCUCUGCAAGCUUCAUGAUCAGCACCCUUAAGCGUGCCGGUCUUCAGAAUGUCUGCGUUCACCGUAACAUUUCAUUGGAAAUGUACGUGCCGAAAAAGAGGUACUGUCGAGUUCCGGGACAGACUGAGGACAAAACGAAAAUAGCACCAAAUGGUGAAACUCUUUACGCUAAAACCUUCAGUAUCUUUGUCGCUGCGGGUCAAAAGCCUGCUUCGAGUUGAGUUAAAUAAGAACAAGUACAGGUCUGAAGAGUACAUGGCGAUAGGAGUUAUUCAUAUCGAUGAUGGUCAACGGUUUCAAUAAUGUUCAGACUUCUUUAUUUUCAUUAUUCGAACGGCCCUAUCCUUUCAAAAACGCUCGUUCAUUUUACGGUGCCUACUGUGUUCUUCAACUAAACUUUCUGCUACUACAUGAUAUCAAAUUCAUAACGAAUUCUGCUAAAAAUAUUCAACCAUUACGACAACUAUUAAUAUUUCAUUUCAAUGACAAUUUCGUUCUCGCUCCCUUUUUUAUGGUGUAGCGUUUCAGGUCGAGGGUAACACUGUUACCUUUGACGUUAUGUUCAAAUUAUCCACGCCAAAAAAGAAGAAUUUCUUAAAUAGUACUGGAUGAAUGAUACAAAAGCGGCGUUUAACGCUGUCUAAAAAGGUUAAGCAGUCAUACAAUUCAUAAUCUAGUUUAUCACGCUUUCAAACGGCUCAUUUAUAAGAAAAUUUGUGAUUACUCACUUCUAACAGCUUUAAAUGUAGUCUAUAUACAAUAAAAUUUCAAGAAAACAAACAUAAAAGUUCUUUUUGAAUGAAAAAUAGUCCAUUAUAACGUUUAAUCCCGC